GACUUCAUAAGCAUUUUCUAUCGACAGAUUGACCAUUGCACAAUGGGAAAAGCCAUGUUGUGAAAAGCUGUGGAUUAUUCUGUGGUGAGAGGAACAUGGCCAACAUUUACACUCUCAGGGCUUUCCUCUUUGGUGAGUGGUCUUCCGAUGUAAGGCUUGAUGGCAAAACCGUCAUUAUUACAGGUGCCAAUACUGGAAUUGGCAAAGAAACCACCAGAGACUUAGCGAAAAGAGGGGCCAGGAUCAUCAUGGCGUGCAGAGACAUCUCUAAAGCUGAAGCAGCCCAGAAAGAAAUCACUGAGGAGUCUGGCAACCAGAACAUCGUCAUCAGGAAACUGGAUCUGGCUGACACCAAAUCAAUCAGAGAAUUUGCUGAGCUAGUCAACAGAGAAGAGAAAGAACUACAUAUUCUCAUUAAUAACGCUGGGAUCAUGAUGUGCCCCUAUACUAAGACUGUGGAUGGCUUUGAGAUGCAGUUUGGAGUCAAUCAUUUGGGUCACUUCUUGCUCACCUUCCUGCUGAUUGAUCUGCUGAAGAAGUCUGCUCCGUCCAGGAUCAUCACCCUCUCCUCCAUGGCCCAUAGCUGGGGCACCAUAAAGCUGGAUGACAUCAACAGUGAGAGGAGUUACCACAGCAGGAGGGUGUAUGGGCAGAGUAAACUGGCCAACAUCCUCUGCACUCGCUCCCUGGCCAAAAGACUUGCAGACACGGGUGUGACAGUAUACGCUGUCCACCCAGGAAUCGUUCGCACUGAACUGAAGAGACACAUGAACCUGGGACUCCUCUUCUUGUGGAAAGUGGUCAGGCCUUUCACGAAGACCACAGUACAAGGAGCUCAGACUUCAGUGUAUUGUGCUGUGGAGCCGACGCUGCAGUCAGAGAGCGGCGGAUAUUACAGUAACUGUGGACCUUCUAGCUGCACCAGAGCUGCUAGAGAUGAUGAAAUGGCACAGAAGUUGUGGGAGCUCAGUUGCCAGAUGCUCGGGAUUACCUGGGAUUGAAUGCAGAACAUUUAGAUAUAGAUUUAAUUACCAGUCUAAUAUAGGGUAGCCUGAGUUUCGCAAACUUUGUAGUUGUUUCUCAAGCUCAUUUGAUUGAUUUCUAAACAUUUUAUUUUAAUUAUGGGACUGAACUACUAUAGUAUCCUGCAAUUGUUCAGUUGUGCCAACUGUAUCUUGUUUAUAAAUAUGAAUGCUUUUAUAAUGCACUAAUAAAUGCAACG